GCAAGAGGAUUUCCACAACUCCAGAGGCUACGAAUACUUGAUUGUGAGAUGAUGGAAGCAAUAGUUGGAAUUGAAGAAGAAAAAGAUGAAGAUGAACUCUCAAGUCCAGUAAUUAAUUUCAGUCAGUUGGAAUAUUUGCAUCUCGAGAAUCUACCCAAGCUCAUAAGCUUCUACCCCAAAGUGGAGAAGAUGUCAACAUCUGAAGGAAAUUCUUCUACCCAGGCACAAUUUUUGUUUAAUGAAAAGGUUGCUUUCCCCGUCCUGGAGAAUUUGGUAAUUAGGAAAUUGCCUAACAUAAUAGAGAUAUGGGAGAAGCGAUUACUCAUAGCCUCAGAAAACGAAUCAAAGUCCUGCCGACUGAAAGGUUUGGAGGUUUCUAAUUGUGAGAAAUUGGUUCAUGUGGUUCGGCUCAAUAUGCUCCCACGUCUGCAAAAUUUGAAAAGAUUCAUGGUAGACAAUUGUCGAAAGAUGGAAGCAAUAGUCACGGUGAAAGAAAAAGAAACAGGAACCACCAGUAAUGAUAUCAUCGUGUUCUCUCAAUUAACAAUUCUUAAUCUUUCCAAGUUGGUGAGCCUUAAAAGUUUCUACCACUGGCCUACAAGAUUUGAAGCACAACCCUUGUUCAACCACCAGGUUGCUUUCCCCGUCUUGGAGAAUUUGGUAAUUAGGAAAUUGCCUAACAUAAUAGAGAUAUGGGAGAAGCGAUUACUCAAAGGCUCAGGAAACGAAUCAAAGUCCUGUCGACUGAAAGAUUUGGAGGUUUCUAAUUGUGAGAAAUUGGUUCAUGUGGUUCGGUUCAAUAUGCUCCCACGACUGCAAAAUCUGGAAACAUUCAUGGUAGAGAAUUGUCCAAAGAUGGAAGCAAUAGUCACGGAGAAAGAAAAAGAAACAGGAACCACCAAUAAUGAUAUCAUCGUGUUGUCUGGAUUAACAACUCUUAGACUUUUCGAGUUGGUGAGCCUUAAAAGUUUCUACCACAGGCCUACAAGAUUUGAAGCACAACCCUUGUUCAACCACCAGGUUGCUUUCCCCGUCUUGGAGAAUUUGGUAAUUUCGAAAUUGCCUAACAUAAUAGAGAUAUGGGAGAAGCGAUUACUCAUAGCCUCAGAAAACGAAUCAAAGUCCUGCCGACUGAAAGGUUUGGAGGUUUCUAAUUGUGAGAAAUUGGUUCAUGUGGUUUGGCUCAAUAUGCUCCCACGUCUGCGAAAUCUGAAAAGAUUCAUGGUAGACAAUUGUUGA